AUGGCCAAAGUCGAGCAGAAUGCCUGCCUCAUCGUCAUUGAUGGUUGGGGCAUCCCUUCGGCCGAAUCGCCCAAAGACGGCGAUGCUAUUGCAGCUGCCGAGACGCCCGUCAUGGACGCGUUCUCCAAGAGCAAGACGGGUUUCACGGAACUCGAGGCUUCCUCGCUUGCCGUCGGCCUGCCCGAGGGCCUGAUGGGCAACUCCGAGGUUGGCCAUCUCAACAUUGGUGCUGGUCGCGUCGUCUGGCAGGACGUCGUGCGCAUCGACCAGGCCAUCAAGAACAACACGUUCUCGUCGAACGACGUGAUCAGCGAGACGCUGAACCAGGCCAAGAACGGCAAUGGGCGUCUGCACCUGUGCGGCCUCGUGUCGCACGGCGGUGUUCACUCUAAGCAGGAGCACCUCUACUCGCUUCUGCGCGCCGCCAAGGCCGCAGGUGUGCCCGAGGUGUACAUCCACUUCUUCGGCGACGGCCGCGAUACGGACCCCAAGUCGGGCCUGGGCUACCUCAAGGAGCUCCUGGCCACGGCCAAGGAGAUUGGCGCUGGUGAGAUCGCCACGAUUGUCGGCCGGUACUACGCCAUGGACCGCGAUAAGCGGUGGGAGCGCACCGAGCUGGCCCUCAAGGGCCUGGUGCUCGGCGAGGGCGAAGCGAGCGAGGACCCCGUCAAGACGAUCGAGGCGCGCUACGCCGCCGGCGAGAACGACGAGUUCCUCAAGCCCAUUGUUGUCGGUGGCGAGAAGCGCCGCAUCAAGGACAAGGACGUUGUCUUCUUCUUCAACUACCGCUCGGACCGCGUCCGCCAGAUCGUGCAGCUGCUCGGCGACGUCGACCGGUCCCCGCGCCCCGACUUCCCCUACCCCAAGGACAUCACGCUGGUCACCAUGACCCAGUACAAGCUGGACUUUCCAUUUAGCAUUGCCUUCAAGCCGCAGCACAUGGGCAACGUGCUCGCGGAGUGGCUCGGCAAGCAGGGCGUGCCCCAGGUGCACGUCGCCGAGACGGAGAAGUACGCACACGUGACAUUCUUCUUCAACGGCGGUGUUGAGAAGGCGUUCCCGCUCGAGGACCGCGACGAGUCGCAGGAUCUUGUACCCUCCAACAAGAGCGUGCCCACGUACGACAAGGCGCCCGAGAUGUCGGCAGCGGGCGUGGGCGAGCAGGUGGCCAAGCGCCUGGGCGAGCACAAGUACCCGUUUGUCAUGAACAACUUUGCGCCGCCGGACAUGGUCGGCCACACGGGCGUGUACGAGGCGGCGAUUGUCGGCUGCGCUGCGACGGACAAGGCCAUUGGCACCAUCUACGAGGCGUGCAAGAAGGAGGGCUACGUCUUGUUCAUCACGGCCGACCACGGCAACGCCGAGGAGAUGAAGUUUUCCGACGGCAAGCCCAAGACCUCGCACACCACCAACAAGGUGCCGCUGAUCAUGGCCAACGCGCCCGAAGGCUGGCGCCUGCGCACCGACGUGGAGGGUGUGCUGGGCGACGUUGCACCGACGGUCCUGGCCGCCAUGGGCCUGCCGCAGCCCGAGGAGAUGACUGGUCAGAGCUUGCUUGUCAAGGCAUAA